AGUUAUUUGAAAUGGCUAAGCUUUCUUUCAUGUCAAUUAUCGUCAUUGUCUUAUUUAUUUCAGUUUUGGAAAUGACAAAUGCUACAAACAUAUUGGCAAAAGAAUGUGUCACCACUCGUGAUGGCCAAUGCAUCCUUGAUCCUUGCAAAGAAUGGUGUUUAAAUACAUAUAAGGGUCAUGGAGCAUGCGUUGCUACAAUUAACCCUCCUACUUAUAAAUGUGUUUGCACAUACAAUUGUUCCACCUAGAUUAAAAAUAUCACAUUUAGGUUAUUUUAAAUGUAAAACUGUAUUAAA